AUGGUGAACCCAGUUAUUGCUGUCCCUGCGGUCGGCGCCCUGGUUCACCGCGCCUGGUCCCGCAAGACCCUCACUCCUGCAGGAAUUCUGGCGGCUUUCCUUACCGCUGUCGUCCACGUCCUCCAUCCGUGGAUAGCUCCUUUUCUUCUUCUAGCAGUCUUCUAUCUUGCUGGUAGUCGAGCGACGAAGGUCAAACAUGAGAUCAAAGCACAGUUGACCUUGUCAGCCUCCGGCGCUGCUGGUGGUGAAGGCGCCCGUACACACAUACAAGUUCUCGCAAACUCGAUCGUGGCCACAGUCCUCACCGCACUACAUACCUACUUGAUCUGGAACCAGGGACGAUACUCAACAACAUGCUUCGCUCAAGGUGCUGAUAUUGGCGAUAUUUUGAUUGUGGGAAUUAUUGCAAACUAUGCAGCCGUCGCUGCAGAUACAUUCUCCUCCGAACUCGGCAUUCUCUCUAAAUCACCACCUCGUCUAAUCACAUCGCCAACUCUGCGAGUCGUGCCACCCGGUACCAACGGCGGCGUUACCCUGACCGGCCUUCUGGCCGGUGUCCUCGGCGCUUUCAUUAUUGCCGUGACGUCGGCACUAUUCGUCCCUUUCUGUGCAGAGUCAUGGUCCAUCCCUGAACGCGGCCUGUUUGUCGUCGCGGUUACUGUAUGCGGUACACUGGGCAGUCUUCUCGACAGUCUCCUUGGAGGUUUACUUCAAGCCAGCGUUGUCGAUAAGAGGAGCGGAAAAGUCGUGGAAGGAAGUGGUGGUCGUAAGGUCCUUGUUCAGCCUGGAUCAACCGCAUCGGCGACGGGUAGUGACGCAAGAAAAUACGACAGCGAUAUCCACGCUACGGAAUCAGUUGCCAACGCCGUCAGUGGCUGGGCAAGUCGAACUCGCCGUUCACCUGCUAAAGUCGCCAGUGCAGAAGAAGUGGCACAUGGUAGUCGAAAGAUUGAGAGCGGAUAUGAUAUUCUCGACAAUAAUGCCGUGAAUGUUCUGAUGGCUGCUUUGAUGAGUGUGGGCGCGAUGGCGUUUGCAGGUUACUGCUGGAACGUACCCUUAAAUAUUGCGGAAGUUUUUGCGUGA